GACUGAUGUGUGGGCGACAACGUUCCGACCAUAAACAAUGCCCAGGCUUUCAUCUCACUUAAGUGUGCGAGAUGAACCAUAGUCGUUCUACGACUGAAGGAUAUAAUAUUGGUCUGUGACUGUCCAUUCAUUAAAUCAUUAAAUUACAUUUGUCAACUUUUAACCCCGUUACUGUACAUUUCGGAAUUACCCGAAUUAAUGGAUUUUCCAUAGAAUUUAUUUUCAAAAUAGAAUCGGAAAAAUCAUUUUAUUAUUGAUUUGAUUAAUCAAUUUAAAAUCAUCUCCUCUAGAAUCUAGAUAGAUCCUAGUAGAUCCUAGAUCUAGCUCUCCUCUAGACCUAAUCUAGAUUAAUUAUAGGUAUGAUAGAGUAUAUUUAUUUAUAGAUCUAGAAUAGAUCUUGUUAAAUCUUGGAGAAUUUAAAUUGUUGAUCGAGUCUGAGAGUCUGUGUAGUAUCAUAAUUUAAAAGAAAACAAAUGGAUGACAGUGAGGAUUUACCAAUAUCAAAAUCUAGUUCUGCUAGUACCAGCAAGGUUAAUACUAAAUCAAAUCACACCUACAGUACACCAAAAAAGGAAAUGUCCAUUUCUUCCUUUGAGUAUAACUUUUCAAAUGAGAGAAGAGGCAUUGCCAUCAUCAUUGUCAAUGACCAAUACCAGGGGUCCAACAAAAGAGAGGGCUGUGAAAAGGAUAAACAACUGCUACAGACUACUUUUGCCCAAUAUGGCUUUGAGAUUCGUUGUUUUUGUGACAAAAAAGCUGCUGAUUUAAUAAAAGAACUUAAAAACAUAUCUAAAGAGGACCAUUCGAAGUCUGACUGUUUGGUCAUAGCAAUAACUGCACAUGGAGAAGAAUUUCGAGACAAGAGUGUCAGAGAGGAUUUGAUUUAUACCUCUGAUAAGAUUAUCACAACCAGAUUAGUUUUAAAAUUGUUUUCAGAUUCUAAAUGUCAAAGUCUCAUUGGGAAGCCAAGAUUAGUUUUUAUUCAGGCCUGCAGAGGCACUAAAAUGGAUGAUGGAGCACAAGUCAAAUAUAGAAGCUCAACUACUUCUCUACCUCAAAACAGUAAUGAUUUAAUAGACUGUGUUCAUAUGCGUACUGAUAAUUCUGACAUGUCUGAUGCAGUGAUGGAAGAUGAUAUCCAAGCGCAAAAUACACCAACAGAUACUUUGGACCAUAACAGUGACCUUUUGAAUUCCUCUACGCAAGUUCUAAAUAACCAAACACAGAAUUUGAAAUUAAAAACUGUAGAAGUUUCACCAUUUGUUAACCAUGCUCCUUGCUACAAAGAUUUUUUGGUCAUGUAUGCAACACCUCCAGGUUAUUAUGCAUUUCGAAGAACAACUGAUGGUUCUUGGUUUAUCAAAAGCUUAUGUGAUGUCUUGAAUGAAGAAAGUGAUUCUGCGCUUAAUGGUAGGCCUACAAAGAAUCUUCUGACUGUCCUAACAAAUGUCAUUAGUCGAGUGGCAAGGGAAAUGCAGUCUAAAAGUGCUAAUAAACACUUUGAUGCUAAAAAACAGUCACCAGUUAUUUAUUCAAGGCUGACUAAAGAUGUUUUCUUGACAAAAAAAAAUUGAAAUUGUGAAUAAUACACACGCAAAAAUAUAAAAACAUUUGUGUUGAUUCUGUGUAAAGUAAAUAGGUGCUUUACUGAUUCAUUAAAUAAAAGUUUUAAACUAAAUUUUUCCUAUUUUUAUUAUUUCAAAUGUAUAAUUAAAAAAAAAAUAUUGAAGAUACUUUUAUAAUAUUGUAUUAUGACUGAAGUCAUCCAUUGUCAAUCUAUCAUAAGAUUUUUAAGACUGAAAUAUCAGUAUGUAAUUGCAUCAUUUUUAUUUCAUGGACUAAAAUAUAUUUUAUUUGAGUUUGUUUAUAUUAAUUGUCUAAUCAAAGUCCAGAAAAAAAUUUUUAUGCAAUUUUAAGUUUUCUUGUAGUCUUAAAAUGUAUACAAUAUUUCUAUUAUCUUCAUUAAAAUAAUUAUCUACACACACACAAAAUUAAGAGGGAAAAAAAAAUAUUUUAUUGUUUUUUUCAAUGAAAAUUAAUCAGCUUAUGUGCAAUAACCUUUCUUAUAACAAUAAUACAGAACUAUGAGAUUUAAAUAAGGAUAAUGCAUUUUUUAAAAUACAAUACUGUAACUAAAUGUAUUUCAUGAUUCAUUUAAAUAUAUGUAUAAUAGCUUAUUCAUCAAGCACUAUGUUUUUGUUAUAAUUUCACUACACCAGGAUAAUAACUUUUAUAAAAAAAAAAUUUAAUUAAUAAUUUGUUUUUAUAGACACUUAAUGGAUAGUAAAGUCUUGAAUUGGAAUGCCUGUUAAAGUACAUAAUAUGAUAAUAAAUUAGUUAUUGUUAUUUAAUCCCAUUAUGUUUAGUAAUUCUCUUUAUCCAAUUGAUCACUGCAAACAAACAAAAAUUAUGUAAUUGCUAUUAAAAAUAUUGUACAUUACAUGUUAUUCAUUUUUGGGAAAAUCAUUUUUGUCAAUAAUUUCAUGUCUAUGUUCACCAUUGAUUAACAUUAUAUUAUACUCAACUUCACAACACAAAUGUUGAAAGCUACUAUGCUAGUUCAAAGAAUAUACAUAAUUGAAAAAAGCAGUUUAUCUUUGCAGUCUGAUAGAAUAGUUGUUAUUUCUCUUGGUUCAAAUUUUAUUAAGUAUUUCAAGAUACUUAUGUAUAACAAGCUUUUCACAUCAUUUUUGCUUCUUACUGUCAAUCUGGCAACAUUUAUAUUUCCAAAGUGUACCAUUUUGUUUAUGUAUAAUAAACUGCACAUUGGUGCUUAUAUGUAUAAGCCUUUUUAAAAACAAGAUGAGAAUGGGCAGUUUGUGUCUAUCCUUGUAGGCUACAUAAGUUCUUUUGAAAAUCCAAUUUCAUCAUCAUAUUCAUCUUGUUAAAAAAAGUUGCACAAACUGCAAUUACAUGACCAAAAGAAUGACCUUUUCUUUAAAUAAUUAAAAUACAUGAAACAUAAAAACCUGAUGAAAAAUAGUUUUAAAAAUAGCUGUUUAUGAUAGUUUCUGGUGGUCAUUAGUAUUAUUCAUUAGUUCAUACAAACACCCUCAAAGGUUUGUUUUGUUCCUGUAACCAAACUUCUGAGAAUUGUGACAAAAUUAUUUAGUGUAAUGUUCUGUGAGAGUGCCACUGACUAUCAGUGGCCAUGUAGGAAUUUGUGUAUAACAGUACAACAUAUAGCUCUUUUGUCACCUUGUUGGUGUCAAGUUGAUCUUUCUAAUAAAAUAGUUUUGUUUUGUUCUUGGCUGAAAUUUGAAAAAAAUUAUUUUUGUAGUCAAAAGCUACUAUAUACUUCCUGUCAUGGCUCCUCUCAAGUUUUGUUUUAUGGUCUUUUAAAAAAUUUUAACUGAAAGAAAUGUUUAGAAUUUUUUUAUAUUAGAUGUUCGUGUAUAUUUUUUUUAUGAAUUAGUGUAGUAUUUUGAAAAUAAUCAGUAUAAUUAAUCAGCUCUAGAAGCAUAUGUUACUAAAAUUGAAAAGUUAGAUAUGUUCAGCAAGAAGAUGUAUAUUAUUUAAAAAGACUUAUUUAAAAAGAAAGCUAAAUAAACACCUAAUAUAUC